UGAACGCGAAAAACAGUAGAAAAUAGCAAUGAAACAGAAAACAUGGUCAUUAAUGUGAAAACAGCAAAUCUACUGUUAAAACAGUAGGGUUGGUAACGCUGGGCGUGGCUUUCAGCGGCAUACCUUUAAGCCAGUUAUAAAUCGCCACACUGCGAAAGUGCAUUGCGUGUUUAUAACCGUUCUGGACGCCAUCUUUGUCGAAACCAUGUGGUGCCGCUUACCUAUCGAUGACGAUCACAAAAUGCCGGCAAACUUCGAGACGCGUCGCGAAAGAACGCAAAUAGUGGCGACACAUAAUCGUUACGCGGUACCACCGAGGGGUUGCGAAGUGUACGUCGUCGAUAUACCGAGUGAUGUGUGCAUGCCGGACAUUUACGAGUUUAUGAGACGAGCAGGUCUAAUUUACAGCAUGCGAUUCAUGAUCGAUUUCGACGGUCGUAGUCGUGGCAAGUGUUACGUCAACUAUUUGACUCUGUUCGCUGCCAUAAAAGCCGUUUUUUUAUUGUCGGAUACUGAGAUCCGACCGGGUCGGAUUCUGAAAGUAAUGACGUCGUACGACAAUAACAAAUUGGUGAUGACCGGUAUUCCGUAUUAUAUCACUCAAAAUCAAGUGGUUAGCGAGGUGUCUCGGAUCAUAGGCUGCGGCCUGAACAACGUCCAAAUGUUAAACAGAGACGGUCGCCCCACCAAACUGUGCGUGUUAGAAUAUGAAACUCACAAGCAAGCUGCGGAGGCCAAAAAGAAAGUUUGGUCCCAUACAACUUUAUGGGGUCACACCAUCGGUAUUCACUGGUCCAUACCAACGCACUUUUUAGAGGCUAGAGCGCUUCACAUCCAGAACACAACGAGGCAAGAGUUGUUCGAAAUUUUGAAGACUCAUUGCAACCUGAAAGACGUUGCUGCUGUUGACUUUGACACUGGCAAUUCUUGCACUGUUUUCUUUUCCUGUUAUCGGACCAGGACGGAGGCUUAUAAUAUUCUACGAAGUACGUAUACCAGGAAUUUAUAG